AUGUCGGUUCCCGAGAUGUCGGCCCCUCAGCUGGCCCUCAGCUACAACGAUGUCUUCGAAGACGAGGAUGUCGACGAGCCCAGGUCGGUCCACCACAUCCGCGCCAACUCGAGCAUCAUGCAGCUCAAAAAGAUUCUCGUCGCCAAUCGCGGUGAAAUCCCCAUUCGGAUUUUCAGAACUGCCCACGAGCUUUCGCUACAUACUGUCGCUGUCUACAGUUAUGAGGACCGUUUAAGCAUGCACCGGCAGAAGGCCGACGAGGCAUACGUCAUUGGCAAGCGAGGCCAGUACACGCCCGUCGGAGCAUAUCUCGCCGGCGACGAGAUCAUCAAGAUUGCUGUUGAGCACGGCGCUCAAUUGAUCCACCCAGGCUAUGGCUUCCUGUCCGAAAAUGCCGAGUUUGCUCGCAAUGUCGAAAAGGCCGGCCUCAUUUUCGUUGGUCCUAGCCCCGACGUCAUCGACUCCCUCGGCGACAAGGUUUCGGCCCGCAAGCUGGCCAUCGCCGCCGGGGUCCCCGUUGUUCCUGGAACCGAGGGCGCCGUCGCCAAGUACGAGGAGGUCAAGUCUUUCACCGACAAGCAUGGCUUCCCCAUCAUCAUCAAAGCCGCCUACGGUGGUGGCGGCCGAGGCAUGCGCGUGGUCCGCGACGCCGACAGCCUGCAGGAAUCCUUUGAACGGGCCACUUCCGAAGCAAAGUCGGCUUUCGGCAACGGCACCGUCUUUGUCGAGCGCUUCCUCGACAGGCCCAAGCACAUCGAGCGCCGCCACCAAAAGGUGGUCGAAAUCGCCCCGGCCAAGGACCUCCCGGCCGAGACGAGGGAUGCCAUCCUGGCCGAUGCCGUCAAGCUGGCCAAGUCUGUCAACUACCGCAAUGCCGGCACUGCGGAGUUUCUGGUUGAUCAACAGAACCGCUACUACUUCAUUGAAAUCAACCCCCGUAUCCAGGUCGAGCACACCAUCACCGAGGAAAUCACCGGCAUCGACAUUGUCGCUGCGCAGAUUCAGAUUGCUGCCGGUGCCACCCUGUCGCAGCUCGGCUUGACGCAGGACCGCAUCUCGACGCGCGGCUUUGCCAUCCAGUGCCGAAUCACAACGGAGGAUCCGGCCAAGCAAUUCCAGCCAGACACGGGCAAGAUUGAAGUCUACCGAUCCGCCGGCGGCAACGGCGUUCGUCUUGACGGCGGCAACGGCUUUGCGGGCGCAGUCAUCACCCCCUUUUACGACUCCAUGUUGGUCAAGUGCACGUGCCAAGGCUCAACCUACGAAAUCGCCCGCAGAAAGGUUCUCCGAGCCCUCAUCGAGUUCCGCGUCCGAGGCGUCAAGACCAACAUUCCCUUCAUCGUCUCUCUCCUAACUCACCCAACCUUCAUUGACGGCAAUUGCUGGACGACCUUUAUCGACGACACGCCCCAGCUCUUCGACUUGGUUGGUAGCCAAAACCGAGCCCAGAAGCUGCUCGCCUACCUUGGCGACGUCGCCGUCAACGGCAGCUCCAUCAAGGGCCAGAUUGGCGAGCCCAAGUUCAAGGGCGAGAUCAUUCCUCCCCAGCUCUUCACCUCUGACGGCACCAAGGUGGACGUCAGCCAGCCCUGCCAAAAGGGAUGGCGGAACAUCAUCGUGGAGCAGGGUCCCAAGGCCUUUGCCAAAGCUGUCCGCCAAUACAAGGGCUGUUUGCUCAUGGACACCACCUGGCGUGAUGCUCACCAGUCGCUGUUGGCCACUCGUGUGCGAACCGUCGACUUGCUCAACAUUGCCAAGGAGACCAGCCACGCCCUGUCCAACCUGUACAGUCUGGAGUGCUGGGGCGGCGCGACCUUUGACGUUGCCAUGCGAUUCCUGUACGAGGACCCCUGGGACCGUCUCCGGAAAAUGCGAAAGCUCGUGCCCAACAUCCCCUUUCAGAUGCUCCUGCGAGGCGCCAAUGGCGUUGCAUACUCCUCUCUGCCUGACAACGCCAUUGAUCAGUUUGUCGAGCAGGCCAAAAAGAACGGCGUCGACGUCUUCCGCGUCUUCGACGCCCUAAACGACAUUGACCAGCUCGAAGUCGGCAUCAAGGCCGUCCACAAGGCCGGCGGUGUGGCCGAGGGAACAGUCUGCUACAGCGGUGACAUGCUGAACCCCAGCAAGAAGUACAAUCUCGAGUACUACAUGGAUCUCGUCGACAAGCUGGUCAAGCUCGACAUUCAUGUUCUUGGCAUCAAGGACAUGGCUGGCGUCCUGAAGCCCCACGCCGCCACGCUCUUGAUUGGCUCCAUUCGCAAAAAGUACCCUGACCUUCCUAUCCACGUCCACACGCACGACUCGGCGGGCACUGGCGUUGCGUCAAUGGUUGCCUGCGCCAAGGCCGGUGCCGACGCCGUCGAUGCCGCCACCGAUAGCUUAUCCGGGAUGACGUCGCAGCCCAGCAUCAACGCCAUCCUGGCCUCUCUCGAGGGCAGCGAGCUCGACCCCGGCCUGGACCCCAAGCAAGUCCGCGCCCUCGAUAUUUAUUGGUCGCAGCUGCGCCUGCUGUACUCUCCCUUCGAAGCCCACCUCGCUGGACCCGAUCCCGAGGUGUACGAGCACGAGAUUCCCGGAGGCCAGCUGACCAACAUGAUGUUCCAGGCCUCUCAGCUCGGCCUAGGCUCUCAAUGGAUGGAGACGAAAAAGGCGUACGAGCACGCCAACGAUCUUCUCGGCGACAUUGUAAAGGUGACGCCCACGUCCAAGGUUGUGGGAGACCUCGCGCAGUUCAUGGUGUCCAACAAGCUGUCUGCCGACGAUGUCAAGGCUCGUGCGUCGGAGCUCGACUUUCCCGGGUCGGUCCUCGAGUUCCUGGAGGGUCUCAUGGGCCAGCCCUACGGAGGAUUCCCCGAGCCGCUGCGGUCCAACGCUCUGCGCGGCCGACGGAAGCUCGACAAGCGACCGGGCCUGUUCCUCGAGCCGGUCGACCUCGUCAAGGCCAAGAAGGACCUGGUCAAGAAGUUUGGCGGCCCCGUCACGGAGUGCGACAUUGCAUCGCCCGAGAUUGGCGAGGAGUUCAACGUGGAGCUGGAGAAGGGCAAAGUUCUCAUCCUCAAGCUCCUUGCGGUUGGUCCGCUGAGCGAGAACACGGGCCAGCGCGAGGUCUUCUUUGAGAUGAACGGUGAGGUUCGGCAGGUUACGGUCGUGGACAAGAAGGCGGCCGUGGAGAACGUCAGCCGUCCCAAGGCGGAUCCCGGCGACUCGAGCCAGGUGGGCGCGCCCAUGUCAGGCGUCAUGGUGGAGAUGAGGGUGCACGAGGGCUCGGACGUCAAGAAGGGAGACCCGCUGGGGGUGCUGUCGGCCAUGAAGAUGGAAAUGGUCAUCUCUGCGCCGCACAGCGGAAAGGUGGCGAGCCUGCAGGUCAAGGAAGGUGACUCGGUGGACGGAUCGGAUCUGGUGUGCAGGAUCACCAAGGGGUAG